UUUUCUCUGCUUCCUGCCAGCUGAUUGUCCUGGAGGGUGGUGGCAACCCUGCGCCCCACCCACACCAGAUGGCGACGGUAUUCUGUAAAGUGGGGGGUGGAGAGGAGGCUGUACCGAAGAAGGAGGCCCUCAAUGUUAUCAAUGUGAUUGACCAACUGCCGAAGCCCUGUCCAAACCCUAAGUUUAUUAACCGGUCCAUGGCUACCAAAGGCCUCCUGCUCCCGUCAAGACGCAGCUUGGCCAGCUUCUCAGAGGAAGAAAACACCGAUGUCAUGAUGCAGAUGCCAGCGGAAGAUUCUGAGUACAGCUCGGAUGACACGAGUAUGUCCCCGAUUCCGUCCACUCUGAUGAACCCCAUCAAGAUGGCUGUGACCCAGCCCAAUAGCAGCUUCUUUGCCGGCAUCCUGGAGGGGGAGCUGAACAAACUCAGUUUAGCAUCAGUGGUCAAGAACACAGAAAAGGAUAAUCUGGCCAUCUGCCCCCGUUCAUCUAAGUCCCAAAUAGCUACCAGGGGCCUAUUGGACCUUGACAACCCUGCCCUGGACACAGACACCUCCUCAACACGUUCCGAGUCUUCUGUGGUCCUGGAUGUGCCGGAGGCUCCGUUCAUUUGUGAACACACUGUUGGCGAUUCCACAGCUGUGAUUUCCUGGACUUACGCUGCAGGCAAGCAGCAGGUCAGUUUCUACCAGGUGCUGCUGCAGGAAGCAACCAAACCAGCUGACAAGGACAUGCCCAAGAUCAAGAACCGCCCCUGGAUCUUCAACAAGAUCCUGGGUACCACUGUCAAGCUGAUGGAGCUGAAGUCAAACACGAGUUACUGCCUUACCGUCCGGGCCGCCAACACAGCAGGGGUAGGGAAGUGGUGCAAGCCCUAUAAGUUUGCAACCGUGUCUACUGACUUCAACAGCUUUCCUGAGACCAAUCCCAUCCAGGUCACCGUGCAACGCAAACAACCUCAUCGGAGGACUGUCUCCAUGACAAUGGAGGAGAUGCGAAGGCUGGAGGAUCUGGAAUACCUAUAUCCAUAUUAAGGGGGUGUGGGUUGAGGCUAUCCCUUGCCCACUGUCUGCCUUGGCUCUGGGUCCUCGGGAACCAGAACCGUGAGAUGUACUGUACUACCAAGCACCAAGUCAAAGAACCACUAGUUAUCCACCAGCCUAGGGCCUGGGGCAGAUGUAUCGGAACCACAACCCUGGGGCGGGGCCAUGGAUAGACAGGAAUCCCAUUCACUUAGUGACAUCUUGAGCUGGCCCAGGCUCAGUCACUGCCCAACAGCUGCUAGGCACCCUCCUUCCUCCCUGACCUGGGCUGGUUCCAGGUUCCCCAUUAAAGAACUGAAGGCCCA